AUGGCCUCAUAUGGUGGGCCGACAUUGUGCUUAGCACGCGCUGUCAUUGCGCCCCUCCGCCCUCGAACAAAGAUCGCAUUGCAGCGCAGAUCAACAAAAUGUCCGAUCAGACCGUCCAGUAUCCGUAACUCGCAUGCCUUCACUACCGCAUACAUCGAAAAGAAAGUGACGCCUCCACCGAAGAUCGAGCGCCAAGCUUCGAAGUUAUUCAGCAGUGCUGAUGAGGCCGUUGCGGAUCUCAAAAGUGGUUCGACAAUACUAAGCUCCGGCUUCGGGCUGUGUGGGGUCGCAGAUACACUCAUCUCCGCAAUUGCCCGCAGAGGGGUCGAGAACCUACAUUCGCUGACGGCGGUCUCAAACAAUGCCGGCGCAGCUGGAAAGGGUGGGCUAUCGACGCUUACUCACGCUGGGCAGGUGAACCGCCUGAUCAUCUCAUUUCUGGGAAACAACAAAGAAUUAGAAAAGAAGUACCUAACCGGAAACAUCGCUAUCGAACUUUGCCCACAAGGAACGCUGGCAGAACGAAUAAGAGCAGGAGGUGCAGGAAUUCCGGCCUUUUUUACUCCUACUGGAGCUCAUACUCUGUUGCAAGAUGGUGAUAUUCCUGUUCGGCUGGAUCCUUCCGGCAAGGUGCUUGAACACGGCACGCCUCGGGAGGCGAAAAUCUUCAACGGCAAAACAUACUUGAUGGAAACCGCUCUGACGGGCGACGUGGCAGUUCUACGGGCAUGGAGAGUUGAUGAAGCGGGAAACUGCCAAUUCAGGUACACUACGAAAGCGUUCGGCCAGAUAAUGGCCAAGGCAGCACGGCUUACCAUUGUUGAGGCUGAGAAUAUUGUGCCAGUUGGUUCAAUAAAUGCCAACGACGUUCAUUUGCCGGGAAUUUUCAUUGACAGGAUCGUUCACUCCACCGAAGAGAAAAAGAUCGAGGUCAUGAAAACUCGAAAACCUGAUGAGGAGGAGGAUUUCGAAUCGAUGACGGACGCGGCUAUAGUUCGACGAAACCGCAUUGCGAAGAGAGCUGCGAAAGAGCUCAAACAAGGGUACUACGUCAAUCUCGGAGUUGGAAUGCCUACGCUCGCCGCUGCACACCUGCCCAAGGAAACAAAGGUGUGGAUUCAAUCCGAAAACGGUAUCCUCGGCAUGGGACCGUAUCCUACGGAACAAGAAGUCGAUGCAGAUAUCGUCAACGCUGGGAAGGAAACCGUCACUCUCGUGCCUGGCGCGUCAACCUUUGACAGCUCUGAGUCCUUUGGAAUGAUUAGAGGUGGACAUGUGGACGUAUCUAUCCUUGGAGCGUUGCAAGUCAGCGCGCAGGGUGAUUUGGCCAACUACAUGAUUCCGGGCAAGGUCUUUAAGGGGAUGGGCGGUGCUAUGGAUCUUAUUUCAAAUCCAGACGAGACUAAGAUUGUUGUUGCUACCGACCAUGUUGCUAAGGAUGGCUCGCCGAAGGUUGUAGAGAGGUGCAGUUUACCGCUUACUGGCGCGCGAUGCGUCAGUACAAUCAUCACCGAUCUUUGUGUCUUUGAGGUGGAUCGGGACAAAGGCGGAUUGACGCUUACCGAGUUGGCACCUGGUGUUACUGUUGAGGAAGUGGAAGGAAAAACGGGAGCCAAGCUCUCAGUUGCAGAAGGUGUGAGAUCAAUGGAGUAG